AAUUAAAAUUCCACAAAGGUCGAGUUCCAAAGGGAACAAUUAAAAAACUUCUGCUGUAAUAGGUAGUGUAAAAUACGUUUUUAUUUCCCUCCCAAGUUAGCGCUCAGAGUCUGCAGUCCUUCCUUCCGCUUCUGAAAACCGUAAGAUUAAAAACAAUGAGCGUAUUAUAGGAUGGAAGAAUGAGAGGGAGCAUUCACUUGGUUUUACCGUCACAAAAAUCGCUUGGAAAUUCGUGUAAACACUUGGAGAUCUUUGAAAAAGAAGAAAAACUGCAAACCCUUAAAAAAAACCCUUACAGGACUGGAAUUAGCUCACCGCUAAUCGGGUUUGAAGCUGUCUAAAAAUGACGGAAGCUGCAAAUGGGGGCUCAAAACCCUCAAAAUCUUCUGGUGGCGGCUACGAAAUAAACGUAGAAAGCUUCACUAAAAGAUUGAAAAUUUUGUACGGCCACUGGAAGGAGCACAGGCAGACCUUCUGGAGCGCCUGUGAGGCGAUAACGGUUUCCGCCCCUCCGCCGUCUGAAGAUUUGCGUUAUUUGAAGUCGUCGGCAUUGAAUAUAUGGCUUUUAGGGUACGAGUUUCCCGAGACCGUAAUGCUGUUCAUGGGCAACCAGAUACACUUUCUAUGCAGCCAGAAAAAGGCUACUUUGCUUGAAGUGUUAAAAAAACCCGCCAAAAGCUCUCUGGGUAUCGAUGUGGUGUUACAUGUGAAGGCCAGGAAUGAUGCGGGAAGUUCCCAGAUGGAUAGCAUGUGUGAGGCUAUCAGGGCGCACUGCAGGUCGGAGGUUCCAGUUGUGGGAUGGAUUGCGAAGGAGGCUCCAGAAGGACAACUCUUAGAAGGUUGGGUUGACAAAUUGAAGGGAUCAAGUUUUCAACUUGUUGAUGCCAGCGCUGGAUUUUCAGAGGUUUUUGCUGUUAAGGAUGAUGCAGAGGUCACUAACAUUAAAAAGGCUGCAUUUUUGAGUGCUUCUGUUCUCAAAAAUGUUGUUGUCCCAAGGCUGGAGGUUGUUAUAGAUGAGGAGAAGAAGGUCACCCAUUCUGAUUUGAUGGAUGAUACAGAGAAAGCUAUUCUGGAUCCACAGAGGGCCAAAGUAAAGUUAAAGGCGGACAAUGUUGAUAUUUGUUACUCCCCUGUUUUCCAGAGUGGCGGGGAGUUUGAUUUAAGGCCUGGUGCAGUGAGCAAUGAUGAACAUCUAUACUAUGAUGCCACUGGAGUUAUUAUCUGUGCAAUUGGAUCCAGAUAUAAUAGUUAUUGUUCAAAUGUGGCAAGAACUUAUUUGAUUAAUGCCGAAGAUGUUCAGGGUAAGGCCUACAAGGUUCUGUUGAAGGCACAGGAAGCUGCUAUAAGUGCACUCAAGCCAGUCAAUCCUCUCAGUGCUGCCUAUAAGGCAGCUAUGGAUGUAGUUCAAAAAGAGGGCCCUGAACUUAUGCCUCAUCUGACAAAGUCUGCAGGAACAGGAAUAGGAAUUGAAUUUCGGGAGUCUGGUUUAAGCUUGAAUUCAAGAAAUGACAAAAUUGUGAAGGUUGGAAUGGCUUUUAAUGUAUCACUUGGGUUUCAGAAUUUGCAGUUGCAGACUGGUAACCCCAAAACACAGAAUUAUUCAUUGCUCCUUGCCGACACUGUGGUUGUUAAGGAUAAGGGGCCUGAAAAUGCAACUGGGGUUAGCUCCAAAGUAUACACUGAUGUUGCAUACUCAUUUAAUGAUGAUGAUGAAGACGAGGAAGUGAAACCCAAACCCAAGGCUGAGGUAAAUGGAGGAGAACCAGGCAUCUCCAAGGCAACCUUACGAUCUGAUAAUCAGGAGAUGACCAAAGAAGAGCAGCGCCGGCAACACCAAGCAGAGCUUGCAAGGCAAAAGAAUGAGGAGACUGCAAGAAGAUUGGCUGCAGGGGGCAUUGGUACAGGAGAUGGACAUGGCUCUUCCAAGCCAUCCACUGAGAUGGUUUCCUACAAAAAUGUGGAUGAUAUCCCCGUUUCUAGAGAGCUCAUGAUUCAGGUUGAUACGAAAAAUGAUGCUGUUCUGGUACCCAUAUAUGGCAUCAUGGUUCCAUUUCAUGUAGCUACCAUCAAGAGUGUUACAAGCCAACAAGACGGAGGGAAUUCUUAUAUAAGAAUAAUUUUUAAUGUUCCAGGUACUGGCUUCAAUGCCAAUUACAUGCCAACAAUGAAAUUCCCUAGCAGUAUUUAUGUUAAGGAAAUUUCCUUUAGAUCCAAGGAUUCAAAGCACAUCAACCAAGUGGUACAGAUGAUUAAAUCCCACAGACGGUCUGUAGCAAUGAAAGAGUCUGAAAAGGCAGAGAGAGCUACACUGGUGACUCAAGAGAAACUUCAACUUUCAAAAACAAAGCCAAUUAGGUUGGCAGACUUGUGGAUCAGGCCAGCAUUUGGUGGAAGAGGAAGAAAGAUGACUGGAACUCUGGAGGCUCACCAUAAUGGAUUUCGGUAUUCAACAAUGAGAGCAGAAGAGAGAGCUGAUAUCAUGUAUCAAAAUAUUAAGCACGCAUUCUUCCAGCCAGCGGAGAAGGAGAUGAUUACUUUGCUUCAUUUUCAUUUGCAUAAUCAUAUUAUGGUGGGAACCAAGAAGACCAAGGAUGUCCAGUUUUAUGUGGAGGUAAUGGAUGUGGUCCAAACUUUAGGAGGGGCAAGAAGGUCAAUGUAUGAUCCUGAUGAAAUUGAGGAAGAACAACAAGAGAGGGACAGGAAAAAUAAAAUCAACGCAGAGUUUCAAGGGUUUGUCAAGCGAGUAACAGAGCUAUGGGAGCAGCCUCAUCUAAAAGAUUUUGAACUAGAGUUUGAUAUACCUUUUAGAGAGCUUGGUUUUCAUGGAGUUCCUUUCAAAGCCUCUGCUUUUAUUGUUCCUACGGUAAACUGUUUGGUAGAGUUGGUGGAAUUACCUUUCUUAGUAAUAACUAUUAGUGAGAUUGAGAUUGUUAACCUUGAGAGAGUAGGACUUGGGCAAAAGGCAUUUGACAUGGCUAUUGUUUUCAAAGACUUCAAGCGUGAUGUACUCCGCAUUGAUGCCAUUCCUCAAUCUUCACUUGAUGGAAUCAAGGAAUGGCUGAACUCCAUGGAUAUAAAGUAUUAUGAAAGCAGAAUGAACUUGAACUGGCGGCCAAUUUUGAAGACUAUUACGGAUGAUCCAGAUAAAUUUAUUGAAGAUGGCGGCUGGGAAUUUUUAAACAUGGAAGCUAGUGAUUCUGAUUCUGAAAAUUCGGAAGAGUCAGAUCAAGGAUACGAGCCCUCUGAUAUAGAAGAGGAAUCAGAAUCAGAUGAGGAGGAUUCAGAAGAUGAAUCUCUUGUGGAGUCAGAUGAGGAUGAAGAAGAAGACGAAGAUUCUGAAGAGGAGGAAGGUAAAACAUGGGAUGAAUUAGAAGCUGAAGCCAGAAAUGCAGAUAAGGAAAAAGGGGACGAGUCUGACAGUGAAGAGGAAAGGCGACGGCGAAAGGUAAAAGCUACAGGGAAGUCUCGGGCACCUGAUAUUAGAGAUUCAAGAGGAAUGCCUGCUAAGAGGCAUAAAGCGAGAUAAAAUGAGUUCAUCUACAUCCUUCUACUAUUUAUUCAUGCGCAUAAAUGGUUCAAAUGAUGCAUAUAUGCUACCUUGAUCAGUGCUGUUACUUUGGUAGUUUGACUUCUACGACAACCAGCCAUUAGGUCAUUGUGUGUGGCAGCACAUUUGUGUUUUUAGUUAGCUUUUUUGGAUAGAUCAACUGGGUGUUAGGACAUUCCAUUUAUCUUUUGAAUGUUUAAAAAAGUCUAGUAUUAGACACUUCUCUAUAUUGAUCAGAUCAGGUUGCAGGUUUUUUACUGCUGAUUUCUUUA